GGUGCGUCGGUCAAAUAAGCCGGGAAAGAAAACGAAAACAAAAUGGGAGCAGGGGAAGCGGGGAAGAAAAAAGUGUGGGUUAAAAGGCUUUUGAAACAGGGCAAAUACUCGGGAAUUCCGUGCAGGUCCAAAAUCUGAUCAAGAAAAAGAAAUGGAGAGAGGAGAUCAGAUCGGAGGUCCGAAACAGAACAAACAGUACCUACGUACACACUCUCAGCAGCAAUUUACCUCGUGCCCGAAAACUUGAGGGAUCUGUAGGGGCGGCCGGCCGUACGCGGUUCUCCAUGUGACCGGCUAAAUACACUCCUUUUACCUAUACGUAGGAUGACACGUGUAGGUGGCGAUGAUCGAUUGGUAGAGGUACUAGACAAGGCAUCUCUCUAGUCUCAAUCUGCAGAGCGGUGCCCGCACGCUGAACCCACCUACUACUCAUAGACUCCUUUUCCUCUUUCAAUUUCACUUUCGUUUUUCUAUUUUUCAAUUGACAGAUCCGCGUAAUUUUUAUGGCGGCUAAUUUGGUCGAGGGUUGCAUUCUGAGGGUUCGCAAUACCCAUUUGCGGCUGUUUCAUGGAAAAUUAUAGGUGCUCGUGUUUGUCUGUGGGCGUAAGAAGACUUUGAGGUCUGUUUGUAAUUCUGAAGCUUUCUGAACUGUCGUCAACGCUGUUUUUUGUUGAAAAUUUGAGAACAAAAUACAGGGUUCCUACAUUGCAGGAUCUGGUAAAUUUCUACAGUUUAGUGUAGAUUUUGAGAGUUAUGGUGUGGGGAGAGUGGUGUUUUAGGGGUUUAUGAAAUAGUGCUUUCAAUGGAGGCAAGAUUUGGCAUGAGCCAGUGUGAAAAUCAGGUUUUGCAGCCGCCACAUCAUACAGGUUAUAAUUUCAUCUCGAUGUCUAAGGGUAAGCAGGUAAUUGAAGAUGGAGAUGGAUAUGGCGGGAGGAGACAUGAAUGGGAUGCGAAUGAUUGGGAAUGGGAUAGCCGUCUCUUCACGGCUAAGUCCCUGCAUAUCUCUUCAGUUGAGACAUCGAACACCAAUGGUAAUGGUAUUGGCAACAUGAUUACUAACAAUGCAUCAGAGAAAAGAAGAAAGGUGUUGAUGGGAGAAGAAGAGGAGAUGGCAGAAUGCCUGACUUUGAAGCUGGGAGGGAACGAUUAUUGUUCUAGUUCCAUGGCAGUGAAUGAAGCGAGUGGGAGUGGUAAACGGCCUCGCGCAACGCCUGUGCCAUCUUCUCAUUCUAGUCCUAAGUGUCAGGUUGAUGACUGUAAAGUUGACCUUAACACUGCCAAGGACUACCAUAGGCGCCACAAGGUUUGUGAAAUGCAUGCCAAGGCUAACAAGGCUUUAGUCGGCCGCCUUAUGCAGAGAUUCUGUCAACAAUGUAGCAGGUUUCAUCUUCUUGAAGAGUUUGAUGAAGGGAAAAGAAGCUGUAGAAGACGGUUAGCUGGUCAUAACAGGCGACGGAGGAAAUCCCAUCCUGAUGCUAUUUUUGCUGGAGCAUGUUUGAAUGAUGAGCAUUCAAGCACAUCUCUUAUUAUGACCCUGCUGAGGGUUCUAUCUCAGUUGCAAACAUCAAAUAACUCUGAGCAAACAAGCAACCAGGAUCUUGUAGUCCAACUUUUGAAGAAACUGGCUAAUUCAGCUGAUAUCCAUGAUGGGACAAAUGCAGCAGCUAAAAAACAGUCCACAGUAAAUCAGUGUAGCAACCUUUUCACUUGCAAUCCUACCUCAGAAAAUGGAAACCUGUAUGGUUCAGUCAAACCUCAAGAUGUACGCAGUAGCAUGCUCAAUAGUCCGACUAUUACAUCAUCAUCGCGAUUGGGAGGUGUUGACCCUCAACCUACUAUAUGCCAGCUUGACAAAAUUUCUACUAUUCGUGGCAGUGAACAGCCAUUUGCUUCGACCCAUGUACCAUACAAUGUGUCUCUUCAUCAAAACUCCUCACAUACAACUGCCAAAUCAGCUGUGCCUCAAUAUUCUAAUACCUCCCAGGAGACACGAAAUGGUCUUCAGCAUGCAUGGUUACAACCAAAUGAGCAAAGGGGUCCCAAUGUUUCAAAUGUUAUUGAUUUGAAUAGUGUAGAUUAUACAUCUGAAGAAUCUUUAGCUGCGUUAAAUGGGCCUUCAACGUUGAUGCUUCUAGGAGGAAUUGAUUCUCGGAGCAAUCAGAGUGCUCUUUGUCAUUCAGGGGCUGUAUCAGACAUCAAUCUAACAAAUCAACACCAAAUAAGUGACAAUGCAGAAUCUGGCUCUGAUCAAUCACCAUCUAGUUCCCAAGUAGAUGGGCAGUAUCGUACUGGACGCAUAGUUUUCAAACUAUUUGGAAAAGAUCCGAGUGAAAUUCCUCAACUUUUACGAUCUCAGAUACUUGAUUGGCUAGCUAACAGCCCUUCAGAUAUAGAGAGCUAUAUCAGACCUGGCUGUGUCAUCCUAACAAUUUAUUUACGCUUAUCUGAGUCUGUUUGGGAGGAGCUUGGUACUGGCUUUAAAAAUAGUCUCGAGAGACUUCUUAGCAGGUCUGAUGGUGGCUUUUGGAAAACAGGGUGGAUCUUUGCCCAGACAGGGCAUAGGAUAGCAUUCAUAUAUAAUGGUCAAGUGGUUUUUGAUGCACCUACAGAUUUUGGAAAUGCUCCUCAGAUCUUAAGCAUUACUCCCAUUGCCAUUGCUUCUGACAUAAAAGCCAGUUUUGUGGUCAAAGGACUUAAUCUUUGCAGUUCAAACUCAAAAAUAAUUUGUGCUUUCGAAGGAAAAUAUUCAGUGCAAGAAUCUUCAAUUGGAUACGUUCAGGAAGAUUGUGAUCCCGAUGUCCAUCACACAGAUCAACUUAAGGAAUGCACACAGAUUCAGUAUCAGAGAUUUACUUGGGUCCCACCUAAUUUGAGUGGAAGAUGCUUCAUUGAGGUGGAGGGCCAUGAUCUGAGGGGUAGUUUCUUUCCUGUAAUAGUGGCUGAACAUGACAUUUGUACAGAAAUUCGUACAUUAGAAAGAUACAUUGAAAUCCCUUCCAAGGUUGACCAACAUGAGGCAACAGAAAACUGUGGUUUGCAAGUGAAAGAGAAAAUGGAAGCAAUAGAGUUCUUGCAUGAACUAGGUUGGCUAUUUCAGAGAAGUCGCUUGAUACAUGAAUCAAAUCUCAGUGUCCUGCCAACUACGUUUUCACCUAUUCGAUUCAAGUGGCUUCUUGAGUAUGCAACUGAACAGGACUUGUGUGCAGUAGUGAAGAAAAUUCUGAACAUUUUGUUCAAUAAUUAUGUCAAGUGUGCUGAUUCUUCAGCUAUAUCCAUAGUAGGAGAAGCUGGUAUUUUACAUAGGGCUGUGCGGAGAAAUUGUCAGGAAAUGGUUGAAUUUCUAUUAGCAUAUGUCCCUGAUUGUAUGACGGAAAACACAAUUGGCACACGAGCACAUGGAGCUGAGAAACUUCAUAGUUCUAAUAGCUUCAUACUCAAACCUGACAUGUCUGGACCUGCGGGGCUCACACCACUUCAUAUUGCAGCUAGCAUGAAGAGUGCUGAAGGUGUAUUGGAUGCACUCACCAAUGAUCCAUGCCAGAUUGGAGCAAAAGCGUGGACAAGUGUUCGUGAUCAAACUGGAAGGACUCCUGAAGAAUAUGCAUUACUCGGAGGCCGUCAUUCUUACAUUGAAUUGGUUCAUAAAAAACUUGAGAAGAGAGGGACACCUACACAUGUCAGCAUUGACAUUAAUAAGCUAAUUCCCAAUGAACAAAACGUGCUAAAUAAGCAAAAUUGUGGAUCGUCUUCAGCAUCACUGGAAGUCUCUAGAGGAAAAGAUGAAGUAAAAGGGAAUAAAGCUGACAUAGUGUUGUCUCAGAAGUUUGGACAAUCAGUCAGUCAUUGUUCCGAUGAUGGUAAGAUAAAGCGUUUGCCAUCUUAUUGCAAGCUUUGUGCUCAGCAACAACCGAACAAGCGCAGAGCAAAUAACCUUUUAUACAGGCCUGCAUUGUUGUCUAUGGUGGCUAUUGCAACCGUGUGUCUCUGUGUAACGCUUCUUUUGAAGGGACCACCUCAAGUUCUCUUUGUCCAACGUCCUUUUAACUGGGAAUCAAUGAAGUUUGGACCUAGAUAAUUUUUUUUCUCUCAAGUAAAACAGUUGAAGAUGCCGUUUAGCAAGAUUGGAGCCCCAAACAGCAAAUGUCUGCUGAUGACAGAUUCCAACUUAUUGAUUUCAUCACUAGGUCCUGAUUUAUGCUCUGUAAAAUUAUUUUUACUUGACCACUUUCAGUGUGUAUAUUAAAUUUAUCAAAAGAGAAACAUUUAGCAUGCUCAACUCUUUUGAUAGAUCAACUUGUUGAACAUUUUGGCAUGCAUUUAAACUAACAAGGCCCAUACUCUUCUGGGAUUCUAAAGAUGUAAAGAGUCUGGACAUGUUUUUCUGAAUCAUAUGACAGGCUGCACUGUAUGUAGCAUAUAGUUUGAUUUUUAUGUAGAUACUGCUGUUUAAAUA